AUGGAUUCAAAGGGACGCGGUUCCAAGGCCAACGCACUUGGGUGCGCGAACGUUGUGGGCACCGCAGCAAAUGCGGUCACCAACAAUAACGGCAGUAACAGCAACCAACACCCUUAUGCCCGACGUCAUGUGAACAACAGCGGGGGUGCCUUUGUGAAUGCCUUUCUUGCCUCCCCCACUUCUUUGUAUAACACCCCGCAGCCCGUUGAUCCCUAUCGCCAGGCACUAUCUAAUCCAUUUCCGUCGGCACCUUACACAACUGUGGGGCAUUUAUUCAUGAGUAGUGCCGUCAGGAAUGCUCGGCCUAAUGUAUCCUUUCGGUCACGCUCUCCAGCUCGGAACACCACUGUUGUUACGAGCCCCAAGUUCGCUCACUACACCACCAUAUACAACAUCGAGAACGAGGCGAGCCCCAGCAGCAUGAACCCUAAGGUAAGAACGCAGGUUUAUCAGACAACAACGAGAAUGGCGGGGACUAGCAUGGCCCUCAGGCGUCUCGUUAAGAUGUCUACCACCGCGGAGGAAUGCGCUGCUGUCAGCGAGUUGUUUCGGCAAUAUCGUCAUCCUAAUUUAGUUCCUCUGACCAAUGUCUUGGUAACAGACGAAUUUGUAAUGGGAAGUGCCGACGUCAUCAUGGAGUAUAAGUUCAUAACAGGUGCGAAAAGUUUGAAUGAGGCUUUCAUCAACGAGGGGAAGGCAACGGAGGGACUUUUAUGGUCCUUUGCUUGUCAGAUGGUUAGCCUCAUGCGUGCGUUUCACGAGACGUCUACACCACUGCGCGGUCUCCACUGGACAAAGAUACUUUUUGUUCCGGUAUCUUCCCGAUUUUACUUCAGUGGUGUAGGGUUUAUGGAUGUCAUGGAGCCGAAGGGAUCUGCGCACCAGUCGGCGGCUUUAAUGAAGCAUGAUAUUCAGUCUCUGGGGUUGCUCCUUCUCCAACUUUCUACGGGGAAUAGCAACGCCAAACCUGAAGACUUUACCGCUCAACCUGCGAAGGGCUACUCAGGCAUCUUUUGGUUGCUCGUAAAGGCAUGCAUAGACGGCACCGCAGAUGUGGUAACUUUGUGCCGUGCUUUGGGGGAACGAAUGUCGAUGGAGGUUGCACAUCAAGAGGGGCAUGCAGAUCGCUUGAUUUCGCAGUGCGGAAAGGAAGCUCACAAUGGUCGGAUCAUGCGGCUGAUGAUCAAACUCAAUUUCGUGCUUGAGUCCCUCCAUGACUUUCCCGAACACAGCGCGGAAGCCAACAAUCGUUAUGCGCUUCGCCUCUUCAGUCAAUACGUGUUCAACCAAGUUGACGAGCGACAUCGGACGCGUUUGGAUUGGGGGCAUGUAUUUCAUUCUUUAAAUAAGCUUGACUGUGGAUCUGAGGAGUUGGUGCAAUUAAUUGGAAAUGACGAAAGUAACACAAUCCUAGUCAUUUCGUACCGUGAUCUGAGAGACACACUCGAAAGAGCCUUUGAACAACUUCAGCCCCCUCCGAACGAGGGGGACGUGCAACCCUUCACAGUUACGGUGGGAACGACAUCGGCAACGUUGUAA